GCGGCGGUAUGGUCUUGGGCCGGGCGGUUCUCAGGAUGACCACAGAGCGGGACCUGGGCCAGGGUGACCACUAGACUGAGCUGGGGCGAACCCUGGGCGGGGGCCAGGGCACGGGGCCGCAGUCGUUGUUCCGGCCGCCACCGUGACUGGGCUAGGCCCGCCUCCGCCAGCGCCGGGCCCGGCUGGAUCAGACCUCGGGCAUCCGGCGGCGGGUCUGCGACCGAACGGAGGGCGCAGGCAUCAGUGAGAACUCAAGUCUCCAGCCAUGCACCUACAGGCCCUGCUCCAAAAGGACCGCCCCAUGCCACAAAGAGAGCCACCCGAGUUUUCAUGGCAUCCAGCUGGCGAACUCUGACGUGCAUCCUUGACAACAAGAGUUGCUUGUUAACCUCCCAGAAAGGAUCCCUUUCCUUAGGAGGGCCAGGCUGAGUGGGUCAGGGCUGGCCAGGUCCGGACUAUGCCGUCCAAGUCAGCUUGCCUGCGUCACACGGAGGCACCUGGGCAGCUGGAAGGCAGAAUGCUCCAGGGACAGCUUCCGAAUACGGAAAAGAAGCUCAUCCCAACGCCAGGCUCCUCAGCAGCCACUGACUGUCAAGGUUCAGAGACAAACCCCAUGUCUCCUUUCAGCAUUCCAGCAAAACCAAGCAACCAGAACCCACAAGCUAAGGCAAACCUCACCACCCCACAGCCACCCAUUAGACCCAAGUUGGAGCGAACCCUGUCCCUGGAUGACAAAGGCUGGAGAAGGAGGCGUUUCCGGGGUAGUCAGGAGGAUCUGGCUGUCCAGAAUGGGGCCAGUCCCUGCAGGGGCUCCCUGCAGGACUCAGUAGCCCAGUCCCCUGCCUGUAGCCGUCCCCUGCCCUGCCUUAGCACAUCCUUGCAGGAGAUACCUAAGCCCCGAAGGGCCACAGGCAGUGAGGGAGGGAGCCCGUCCUUGUGGAGUGACUGUCUUUCUGGAAUGAUCAGCACCUCCUUGGACCUCCUGCACAGAGAGGCUGCCUCAGGUGGGCCCCCCUCCAGGUUGGCAAGUUUGAAUGCCUCACACACACCACCAGCUAUGGACCUCAACAUAGCCUCCAGUUCCCUGAGAACAGCAAACAAGGUUGACCCUGAGCACGAGGACUACAAGCUCCGAAUGCAGACCAGACUGGUCAGGGCUCACAGCAACCUGGGCCCCAGCAGACCCCGGAGCCCCCUGGCUGGUGACAGCCACUCCAUUCACUCAGCCAGAUCUUCUUUCAGCCUUCUGGCCCCCAUCCGCACCAAGGACAUCAGGAGCAGGAGCUAUCUGGAGGGAAGUCUUCUGGCCAGUGGGGCCCUGCUAGGAGCAGACGAGCUGGCCAGGUACUUCCCAGACCGAAGCGUGGCUCUGUUCGUCGCUACCUGGAACAUGCAGGGCCAGAAGGAGCUCCCAGCAAACCUGGAUGAGUUUCUGCUCCCCGUUGAGGCUGACUACACUCAGGACCUGUAUGUCAUUGGAGUUCAGGAGGGCUGCUCUGACAGGCGGGAGUGGGAGACACGCCUGCAGGAGACCCUGGGUCCUCAGUAUGUAUUGCUGUCAUCAGCAGCACAUGGGGUCCUGUACAUGUCCCUGUUUAUCCGUAGGGACCUCAUCUGGUUCUGCUCAGAGGUCGAGUACUCCACAGUAACUACGCGCAUCGUGUCUCAGAUCAAGACCAAGGGGGCCCUGGGCGUCAGCUUCACGUUUUUUGGCACCUCCUUCCUCUUCAUCACAUCUCACUUUACCUCUGGAGAUGGGAAGGUAGCAGAGCGGCUGCUGGACUACAGUAGAACCAUCCAAGCCCUAGCCCUGCCCCGGAACGUGCCAGACACAAACCCCUACCGCUCUAGUGCAGGGGAUGUCACUACCCGCUUUGAUGAGGUCUUCUGGUUUGGGGACUUCAACUUCCGCCUGAGUGGUGGACGAGUGGCUGUGGAGGCCUUCCUGAAGCAGAAGCCAGAGGUGGAUGUGCUAGCACUCCUGCAACAUGACCAGCUCACUCGGGAGAUGAAGAAAGGGUCCAUCUUCAGGGGCUUUGAGGAGGCGGAGAUUCACUUUCUCCCGUCCUACAAGUUUGACAUUGGGAAGGACACCUACGACAGCACCUGCAAGCAGAGGACGCCCUCCUACACGGACCGAGUCCUGUACAAAAGCCGCCACAAGGGUGACAUCUGUCCCAUGAAGUAUUCCUCCUGCCCUGGGAUCAAGACUUCAGACCACCGUCCUGUGUAUGGCUUGUUCCGGGUGAAAGUGAGGCCAGGACGAGACAACAUCCCAUUAGCUGCUGGCAAGUUUGACCGAGAACUGUACUUGAUAGGAAUUAAAAGACGGAUUUCAAAGGAGAUUCAGAGACAAGAAGCACUGAAGAGUCAGAGCUCCAGUGCUGUCUGCACUGUGUCUUGAAGUUUCCAGACCAGGACUGGCCACUGCUGCUGGGGGACCAAGGUCACUGCAAAGAGAUGAGCUUGUUCUCCGAUGUUCUUGUAAUGCUAGGGUUCUAAUAAACCAUGGCUAGGGGCUCCCCUGCUCUCACCA